CUGCCGUUGCCGCCAGCAUGGCUGAAUUAGGGCAGGAGGUCGUCCACUUGGUGUGGGGCAAGAAGCCCGGCUCGCAGGGCCUUGCAGAUACCAUCUUCUGCCGCUGGGCACAAGGGUUUGUGUUCAGUGAAUCAGAAUCUACUGCAUUAGAACAAUUUGAAGGAGGCCCUUGUGCUGUGAUUGCACCCAUUCAGGCAUUCCUUCUGAAGAAGCUUUUUACUUGUGAGAAAUCUACUUGGAGACAAUGUCAAGAGGAAGAACAGAAGAAUCUUCUUUGUCAUACAUUAAGUGAUAUUUUGGAACUGGCUUGCUCUGAUCAUUCAGAAUCAUACUGUUUGGCAACAUGGCAAAGAGGAAAGACUACAGAAGAAACUGCUAGUAUUUCUGAGACCCCAGCUGAGUCCAGCCACCAAGAGGAGCAGCCCUCUGCCUUGGCUGUCGAAGAGCUUGGCUUUGAGCGAUUUCAUGCAUUAAUUCACAAGCAAUCAUUCACAAGCUUUCCUGAUUUUAAAGAUGCAGUUUGGAAUCAGUAUUCAGUCUGGACAAACAAAUUUGGCGUGUUGCUUUUUUUGUAUUCUGUGAUACUCACCAAGGGUAUUGAAAAUAUUAAAAAUGAAAUUGAAGAUUCAACUGAGCCAUUGAUAGAUCCUGUAUAUGGUCAUGGAAGCCAAAGCUUAAUUAAUCUCCUGUUGACGGGGCAUGCAGUAUCUAACGUCUGGGAUGGAGACAGGGAAUGCUCAGGAAUGAAACUUCUUGGAAUACAUAAACAGGCAACAGUUGGUUUUCUGACACUUAUGGAAUCUCUAAGAUACUGUAAGGUUGGCUCCUAUUUGAAGUCCCCAAAGUUCCCUAUUUGGAUACUUGGCAGUGAAACUCAUCUCACAGUCUUCUUUGCCAAGGAUUUGGCUCUUGUUGCUCCCGAAGCUCCCUCAGAACAAGCCAGACGAGUCUUUCAAACAUACGACCCUGAAGAUAAUGGUUUUAUACCAGAUACUCUUUUAGAAGAUGUAAUGAAGGCUUUGGACCUUGUAUCAGAUCCUGAAUAUGUAAAUCUCAUGAAGACAAAAUUGGAUCCAGAAGGACUAGGAAUCAUAUUACUAGGCCCUUUUCUCCAAGAAUUUUUCCCUGAACAGGACUCGAAGGUACAAGAAUCAUUCACUGUAUACCACUACAAUGGGUUGAAGCAAUCAAAUUAUAACGAAAAGGUCAUGUACGUUGAAGGUACAGCGGUGAUUAUGGGCUUUGAAGACCCCAUGCUACAGACUGAUGAUACACCAAUCAAGCGUUGUUUGCAGACGAAAUGGCCAUACAUAGAAUUACUCUGGACUACAGAUAGAUCCCCUUCAUUAAAUUGAUGUUGAGAGGAGACUUUGUUCUAAUAAUAUCCAAUGUUUUGAUUGAGGGUGGAGUAGGCAGCUGCCUAUAGUUAAAAAACAAGCAAAAUAUACUUUGUGUGGCUAUACACUGGUGUCACUGAGAAACUGUAAAUAAACACUUUUUCAGUGUUAAUUAGAAUAUUUAAUUUUUUUUAACAAUUUGAUUGAUUUGUAUUAUACCAACUAGUUCCUCUUUGGCCAUUAUAGUACAAUUAAAAUAUGAGCUCUUACCCAGAAGCCUCCUUGUUCAGCCUAAAAAGAACCUGAAAGUGGUCUAGUAGUGCAGUAUCUGCAUAUUAGAUUAAAUUUGUCUUAAAUAUCAUAGUAUUCAUUUGUUUACACUCUUGUUUGGCCAUAUGUUUUACUGCCUUAGAGCGCAACCCAUGUUGGAGUUUCCGCAUACAAGUCCCACUGAAAUGAAAGAGGGCUGUGCAAGAACACAGCUCUCAUAGAAUUCCCAUUCAUUUCACUGGGGUUUGUGCAUACAAACUGCCUGGUGCAUUGUGGCCUACACUACAGUAUCAUAGCUUAGGGACUAGAUCGGCAUCUGCACUGAAUAAGUUUGAAUUAGAUAAAUUUCUGCUGUUUUUCUCUGACCUUGAUCUACAUGGCUAUGUGCAAAUGGAGCAAAAAUUAUGAUUUUUUUUAAAAAAAGAAUAUGGCUAACUAUAAAUAAUAAAUGUUAUUUAUUGGUGGUUAUAUUGUUCCCAGGGUUUACCAAAUGGGCACAUUGAAAGUAAAAGCAGGAUUUAAAAAUAUAAAAUAUGAAUAUUCAAAGUUGUAUAAAGGAAAUGUAGGGGGGGAAUAACAGCGAAGAGAAUUUAUGCUAUGAUUUUUGAAGCUGUUGAUAUUAUUAUUGCCAAAUACCUCUUCUCAAUAUGUCCUAACAAAAACAUAUGCCAGCACUAUUGUAUGUGUUACAUGCAUGAAAACAUCUGUUAUUCAAGUAGUAUAGUCCAUUAUUUAUUAUCUAGUAAGGCCUAAAUAAAAAA